AUGAUAUUCGGCCACCUUUUAAAAACUUUGUUGCCCAUUAUUUUUGCGGCACGUGCUGCUUCUUCGCUUCCUACAUGGCCACAGAAAACAAACACGAGUCUCAUUAAUCCAGUCAUCAUUCACCAAUUCGAGCCGGUAGCGUGGUUGGAGAACUUAUAUGUACGACCCAAUGGCCAGCUGCUUAUCAAUAGCCAAUCGGCUCCAGAGCUUUAUCUCAUCGAUCCUACCCAUCCAGAAAAAAAAGUUCUCAUUCACGAAUUUCCCAAUACCAAUCCAGGUUUGAGUGGUCUCGGCGGCAUUAUUGAAACAAGUCCAGAUACCUACGCGAUCGUUUUAGGUGAUUUAAAUCACACUACUGUUUCAGGCUUCAAGGGCACGUUUUCUGUCUGGACAAUCAAUCUGGAAAACUAUCCGUACGAAGCACCAGCAGUGAAGAAGGUUGCUUCGCAUCCUGACUGGACUUUCCUAAAUGGUCUGACUCGACUUGAGGACCCCACUGUCAUUUUAGGUUGCGAUUCCUUCGACGGCACGGUUUAUCGCAUCGAUACCAUCACUGGCGACGUCUCGGUCACAAUCCGCCCGGAUAAUACCACAAUUCCCCCCAAUGGACAGCAGUUCUUCAUUGGCAUUGAUGGUAUCCGGGUCUUCAAACCUAGGCACUCUAAAACAACAUUUCUAUACUACAACAAUUACGUCGGUCAAGGAUACUACCGAGUACCCAUAGAUGCAUAUACUGGCAACUCGAUCGGGCCUGUUGAAGUCCUCGCGACAAAUCUCGGGCUGGGCUUGGAUGAUUUGGAGAUUGAUGCAUACGGCGCGUCCUGGAUUUCUGCCGCUCAUGCUAACCGCAUCGUGCGGGUCGGACCUGAAAAUGCUGUCAAUACGGUCGCCGAAUCUCCGGAUGUCAGAUUUAUCACAGCCGUACGUCAAGGGCGCACUUGCUACGAUAAUUCCAGAUUUUAUUUUGCAACGGGGCAGGGCAAGGUGGGUUAUAUCGAUGGGUCCGCAUGGUUAUAAGCGAAGUAGUGUCAACGUCUAUGGGCAACCUGAAGCAGGCCGUAAGGCGCCAGUACAACUAGAUUUUACUUUCUCGGC